GGCGACGAACCACCCACGCCUCCACCCAAGUCUUCAUCUCAUCGCUUUGGGUUCCCUCCCAAGCCGUCAUUUCCAUCAUUCACGCUCCCGCGCCACGCCAGUACAUCCAGCAUCAGCGUGUCAACCACUGCCACCGCCCGUCCAUCGGAAACGUUCAGCAUACAUUCCAAUGAUUCAGGCCGUUCAGGACGAACGCUGAAGAAACCCUCGCUGAACCCACUAAGCCUACUCAAGAAGCGGUCCCAAAGUCGGUUACGCUCCGAGCGUCCCGCGGUCGAGCCCCCACCUCCGAUGCCUUCUCCCGACCUGUCCUUCCAUCCUACGCCGACGACGCCCCCCGGGUCCUUUUCUAAGAAAGACCGGUCUACGCGCAAGAAGAAGCCAUCCUACCCGAACCCACCCACAGUACCUCCAAAAUCUUCCCUGCAUCCACUGGAUACGAAUCUAGACGAGAUGGAUGGCAUCGUCGACCUCGCCGCGUUCCCCCCUGCCAAUCCUGAUAGCAAUUCUCCUGGUAGCGGGUUCGAGUCCUCGCAUCAGUCGAGCUCGGACGUCUCUUCGAUGCAGUUUGGCUCUAUCGGGGCGUCACAGCACAGCGUGUUCACAAAUCCGUUCUUGUCUGGCAGCCAGCGACGAUUGGCUCCCGGGGCUCUCGUGUAUGACGGCCGCAGGAUAUCACCCAAAGCUCGACCUCCGGGUAUGGUGCCAACGGUAGGUGUGGAAGGAGACCCGCCUUCCUGGACAGCUCCGGAGAGCUGGGCCGUCGAAAAGGACGUAGACCCAUCGAUCACGGCAUAUUCGUCGUCGGACGAGAGCGUGCAGGGAGCAAAGGUCACGACGCCACCACAGCAGCCGCGAACGACCACCAAACAGAAAAAGAAGCCGCGAAAUCCUCAACCAAAGGGGCUUUACAAGGUCCGGAUAUACCGCGCGAACAACUCGUACCACGUUGUGUCCUGCGACUUGAAUGUGACGGUCGCGCAGCUGACGCCUCAGCUCAACAAGAAGCUGCUCCUGGACCCUGGAGUAGAGCCACAUAGGUUGCAUCUCAAGGAACGAGGUCGAGAACGAGUGCUUGCGCCGACCGAGAGGCCUGCCGACAUCGUGCGGAGACGAUUGGAGCAAGCCGGUUAUGAUUUCGCGGACGGCCUAGAUCUCCUAGGAGCCGACGACAUACAGUUCCUGCUGAAGUUUGUGUACAAGAGCAAUGUGCUUGGACCGCCGGAGGACGAGAUGCAGUUUGACUCCUUUGACUUGAUCGACCUCACCUCCCGCAGUCUCAGGGCGGUACCCAUCACGUUAUACGCGCACGCCGACGCCAUCGUCUCCCUCAACCUGUCUCGGAACCCCAUGCUGGAGAUUCCAUUAGAUUUCAUCCAAGCAUGCACGACGCUCCGCGAACUACGUCUUUCCCACAUGGCUCUCAAGAAGGUUCCCCAGAGCGUUCGACAUUGUCGCACUUUGCAGCGGCUGGACUUGUCGUGUAACCGCAUGACAGACCUCGACGAUGCCGGUCUGGAGAAGAUACCGCAGCUCCGCCAUCUAAAGCUGCAGAAUAAUCGGAUGGAUGCCCUCCCGAAAUACUUCGUUGGCAUGCACGAGCUACGCGACCUGAACAUCUCGAACAACAAGUUCAAAGACGUACCAUCGGUGGUGUGCGGCCUCCAGUCACUCGUCGACCUCGACGUGUCCUUCAACAUGAUCACGGUUCUUCCGCAGCAGCUAGGCCAGCUUACGCAGCUGGAGCACUUCAUCAUCGUCGGGAACCAGGUCUCUCGAAUACCGGAAAUGUUCGCGAACCUCCGCAGCCUACGUGUCCUCGACUGUCGGCGGAACCCGAUCGUGGACAUCUCGGUCGUCUGCACGCUCCCGAAGAUCGAGCAGCUGCUCGCCGAUCACAACUCGAUGCACGCGCUCGACGUCUCGUUCGGACCCUCGCUGAAGGAGCUCGACGCUUCGCACAACGACAUCACGCAGCUCACGCUUGUCCCCGGCCCACUUGGGCUCCCGUACGCGCUCACGACACUGAACCUUUCGCAUGCGAAGCUGUCGACGCUCGACGAUAUGGCGCUGGCGCAGCUCACCGCGCUCGAGGUACUGCACAUCGACCAUAACUCCAUCCGGUCACUCCCGGAGAGCAUGGGCGGGCUUUCACGGCUGAAGCACCUCUCCUGCUCGAACAACCAUCUGUUUAUGCUCCCGAGUAGCAUCGGCCGCCUGCAGUGGCUGGAGAAGCUGGAGGCGCACAACAACGACCUCUCCGAGCUCCCGAUGAGCUUGUGGAACUGCUCGUCUCUUCAGGUCAUCAACGUCACUUCGAACGUCAUCAGCACCUGGAGCCUUCCUCCUGGCUCGAUCGACUUGGACGUCGCCGUGUCGCAUGCUUGGGGUAGUAGCAGCGUCAGCCUACUCUCUGACCGGAAAGGGUCGUCAAGUUCCAUAGCGGGUUCCUCCCUCCCGGCGCUUGCGUCUUCUCUGGAAGAGUUGUAUGUGGGCGAGAACAGCUUGACAGCGGACAGUCUGCACCCUCUCGCGCUCCUGAAGGAACUCGAGGUCCUCAACUUGUCAUUCAACAGCAUCCAGCAACUCCCGAGCAGUUUCUUCCGCAACUUGGUCAAGCUGCGCGAGCUAUACCUCAGCGGGAAUGAUAUCUCCGCUAUUCCGACGGAGAACCUGCAGCACAUGGUGUCUCUGGAGGUGCUGUUCCUGAACGGGAACAAGCUGCAGACAUUACCGAGGGAGAUCAGCAAGCUCACGAAGCUCUCGGUUAUGGACGUCGGGAGCAAUGUGCUGAAGUACAAUAUCAACAACUGGGAGUUUGACUGGAAUUGGAACUUCAAUACCAAUCUGCGUUACCUCAACCUGUCGGGGAACAAGCGGCUCGAGAUCAAGCCCGACAUGAACCAUAAACAGUCGCGCGGCCAGCAGCAGCUGUCCGACUUCUCGAGUCUAACUCAGCUGCGCAUCCUCGGCCUGAUGGAUGUCACCAUCGGCAUGCAGACGAACAUUCCCGAGGAAAGCGAGGACCGCCGGGUUCGGACAUCUAUGGCGGACGUGAAUGGGGUCGCAUACGGCAUCGCUGACACGCUCAGCAUACGGGGAGCCACCGACCAACUCACGAUGAUCGAUCUCGUGCAGCCAAACUUCCGCGGUAGCCCCGACGAAGCCGUCUUCGCGAUGUUCGGGCGCGCCUCGCACGUCGCGAGCAACAACAAGCUCACAAAGUUCCUGCACGACAGCUUCUUGCGCGUCUUCGCGGAGGAGCUUGCGCGGCUCAGCCGAAGCGAGGAGAUUCCGGACGCGAUGAGGCGAUCAUUCCUGAAGCUGAACAAGCUUCUGCACGACUAUCUGUAUUCGACGUCGGGGCGCAAGAUGUCACACGUCAGCGCGUCGGCGAUGAGCCAGGCCGUCCACGACAAGAUCGGCGCGUCUGGCAUCGUGCUGUAUCUCGUCGACCGUACGCUGUACAUCGCGAACGCAGGCAACGCGCUCGCCGUCAUCUCCCGGCAGGGCAUCGCUCGGCUGGUGUCGCGCAAGCACGACCCCUUCGACCGCCUUGAGACGGCGCGGAUCCGCGCCGCUGAGGGCUGGGUGUCCCCGAAAGGCUUCGUGAAUGACGAGAUCGAUGUGUCGCGGUCGUUUGGGUUCUACUACCUCCUCCCCGUCGUCAACCCACGCCCCGAUGUGUACAAGUACGACCUCACGACGCUGGAUGAGUUUGUCAUCGUCGGGAACCGUGGACUGUGGGACUACGUCUCAUACCAGACAGCCGUCGACAUCGCGCGGAAAGAGCGGGACCCGAUGAUUGCCUCUCAGAAGCUCCGGGACUUCGCUAUCAGUUAUGGGGCGGAGGGAACCACAAUGAUUAUGGUCAUCAGGGUAUCGGACCUCUUCCCCAAGGGGCUUCCAGGCGACCCGCAGGGCAGCCCGGAGCCCGUCAUAUUCCCCGAAGAGCUCAUCCGGAUGGUCAAGAACCAGAAGCCCAAGACCGGCAUCAUCAACAGCGCCAUCUCUCGGUUGAUCGAAGAAGUCCCGCCGCCCACUGGCCACCUCGCGCUGGUGUUCACGGAUAUCCGGAAUUCGACGCAUCUGUGGGAGGUCAAUCCCGGGAUGCAGUCCGCCAUGACUCUGCACAGCAACCUCCUCCGGCGACUUCUACGCUUCUGCGGCGGGUACGAGGUGAAGACCGAAGGCGACGCUUUCAUGUGUUCGUUCCCCACAACUCUCAGCGCACUCUGGUGGUGCAUGAGCGUCCAGACACAGCUCCUCGAGCUCCCUUGGCCGCUCGAACUGCUCGAGUGCGAGGACGGCAAGGAGAUCCACAAGGGUGGGAGGCUAUUGGCGCGAGGGCUCUCGUUGCGGAUGGGCAUCCACUGCGGGCAGCCUGUGUGCGAACCCGACCCCGUCACCGGUCGCAUGGACUACUUUGGGCCGAUGGUCAACCGCGCGGCGCGCGUGAACGCCGUCGCCGCAGGCGGGCAGAUCAUGUGCAGCGCGGACGUCAUCAAGGAGAUCAACGCGCGCAUCCUCGAGACCGGGCCCACAACAGACCACUCGCACCACCAGCCUCUCGACGCGAUCAACGCGAUCCGCACUAUGGGCGUUGCUAUAUUCCCCGUCGGCGAGGUGAAGCUCAAGGGCCUCGAGGUGCCUGAGUACCUCUCCAUCGUGUACCCGGAGAGCCUCCAGUUGCGACAGGACCUAGAGCCAUUCGAGGCCGCGCCGACCGCGUCGGGCUCGCGCGUGCAGUUCAGCGUCGAGCAGAUGCGCGAGCUUGGCCUACUCUGCGUGCGGCUGGAGACGCUCGCGAUGUCCAAGGUGUUCCGGCCCACGCCCGUGCGCAAGGGCAGCAUCGCGUCCGUCUCGGCCACUACCAAGCCGGAGGAUGACACGAAGUCGGCGUUGGUCGUGUACGACGACCCGAGUCUGUACCUGCCCGUGAUGGACGAGAAGUCGACCGACGCGGCGCUCACGACCGUCCUCCACUCCCUCUCCUUGCGCAUCGACAACGCCCUCACGAAACUCGCCUUCAUGUACAUGUCCGACAUCGAGCGGGAGCGCGGCGCGCCCGACCUGGCUCUGCGGGACCAGAUCCUGGAGCUCUGUCGCCCCAUCAUGCUAUAA